AGAUGGAGGAUCCAUCAGUUUAUUAAAUUUGACAAUUCGAACGUAAACGGUUAAUCGGAGGAUUCAUGUAGUUUUUUGCUGGAAAUUGUGACUUAUUUUUGAUUUUUUUUAUCAGUCAGGAAAAACAGGAAUAUCGAAUAUAGAGGACAACAUCACAAGUUAACCCCGUCAUUUCUGAAGAUCAUUGGUUCAUUUCAAAAUGUAUAUAGCAUCUUCCUCCACAUCAGUGAAAUUCCAUUCCUUCCCCGAAGGUUACUUGGUAUACAACUAUCAACCUGGCUCCAAAGUCGAAGGACCAGUAAGAAGCAUUUCAUGGAGUAAAGAUGGGAGUUGGGUUUCAGUUGUCCCCCAAUCAGGCCUACCAGAAAUUAUCAGUGUCAGGAACCAGCUUAAAUUUUUACACACAAUUACAGACAUAGAAGAUCCUUCUUGUACGGCAUUCCAAAACACAACUAAGAAAUUCAUUGCUUUUGGCUCAAAAAACGGACAGGUCCAAAUCUACGAUGUUAAACAGAAGAAGAUUAAGAGCAGAUUUCCUCCAGCUUCGUCCAUGAUUUCUCACAUUGAAUUUACCGCAAGAGACACCCACGUAGUGGCUGGUUGCGUCAGUGGGGAAGUCCUAUUGUACAGUAACCUCACCAAUGCAUUGUCCACCACCCUUAAGAUUCCUAGAUCUGACAGUGUCAGCGCUUUGAGAACUAAUCCUAUGAAGAGAAAUAUCAUUAUGGGUGGUAGCAACGAGGGUAUGGUUGUGGUUUGGGACAGCAACAUCAAUAAGCAUAAAUUCUUCGUUGAGGCUCAUAAAGCACCUAUCACUGGAGUUGCAUUCUGUCCGAACAAUUCAGAUUUGAUAAUAACUACAGGCGCAGACAGACAGUUCUCCUGCUACGACAUCAUCUCCAACAAGUGCAUCGCCAGCGUACCAGUGAGUAACAACAUGACAGCCGUAGACUUCUCUCACGAUGGCACACACUUCGUACUGGCCUCUCAGGAGGGCAACAUUAGCCUGUACGAUUCCAGGCGGAUCUUAGAGCCAGUUCUUGUCUUCGAGGCUCACAACAGUACAGUUAAGAAUAUCGCCUUUCAAAAACAAGAGAUGGUCAAUUCUAACAGCAGCCUCUUGGAGGAUUUCGGCGAUUCCGAACAGCAUGUCAAGAACAACGAGGAGGAUGUCGCCCUGAACGUAUCCUUCGGGAAUCUCCUGUCUAACAGUCUGGAGUAUGGAGAUGUGCCGGAGAAAGUGUCCGAAUCGCCUAACACUGUGGAUUCUUUCAUGGCCAACUUAGGGCUGGGUGAUGGGCUGGCAAGCAGAUAUGACCAAUCGAUAACUGAAGAGGGCGACAACUUGGUCGAAAACAAUUCGUAUAACAAAGAGCAAACUGAGGAUAGCAUUGCAGAACCGGAACGAUUGAGUUUAUACAGAAGGAGGUCCCUUAGCACUAAACAAGUGUCAACAUCUACACCGACCUGCCCUCAAAUUGUGGUAUCUAAACUUGAAGCAGUUGUAUCCCCCAUAGCGAAUAACCUAACGGACAACAAGAAUAAUAACGAAGAACUAGCUCCUGUCCCUCUGGAUCACAUGAAAAAGAUGGUGGAAGAAACUGUGAGAAAAGAGUUGUCGGAUAAAUUCGAGUCGUUCGCAAAAGACAUGAAGUAUCAGUUUUCCAACGCAAACGCGCAGAUGAGAAGGAUGAAUCUGAAUUUGAUGAUGGCGAUGAUGAAGGAUUUCAUCAAGAUGGAGAACAGGAUGGAUGCUUUGAGGGAGGAUGUCGCUAUGAAUUCACCGUUAUCUGAUAACUAUUUGUUGGAGGAGAAUUUGAGGUUGAAGAAGCAGAUUGCGUUACUUCAGGAACAGAUAUGCAAAACUGAUCAGGAUAAUUAGAAGAAUUUUGUUGAUGCUUCCGAUAAGGCUGUGAAUAUUUUUAAUAAUUUACGUAUAGGGCACAAUAUUUGUAUAUAAAAAAUAAAAAAAAUUCGAAUAAGA